AUGGCAGCGCCCAACCCCACCAACAACGGCCGUCCAACGCGGCCGGUAUUGCGACAGACCCUGUCCAGCGCAUCCUUCAUCCAGGAUCAUCAGCAGUACAAACCCUCUGCCCCCAUUCAGACCAUCGGCAACGUGAUUGGCAACUCCCCUGAGUCAGCGUUUGCUGCGCUGUCCGUCAAAGCUAAUCCCAUUAGCCCCGAUCCCGAGAAGGUGACCGACAGUGGCAUUAUCCACAGCAUCUUCAACCAGCAGACCAAUGAACUGCCUACUGGAACACAGCAGCUGGUCGCUACGAUCUACUACAAGUCUGCUGAUCCUAUCCAUCCCCAUCUGCACCCCGAUUCCUCCCCUCAUGUCGGAUCUGGCCAAACUCUGCCAUCACCCAUGGUACCCGUAGGUUCCGCCCCGACGGUCGAUAUUGAGAAGAUCCCACGGGAGCCUCCCGCCCCAGAGCCGGAGCCGCUCGACCAUCUGUACGGUCCGUUUGUAUCGCAGCUCUGCCUGACCAACUUCCUUCAAAUCAUCGAAACCCUUCCGACCCCGUAUCAGCGCACCAACACUUCGCAUCGCUGCUUGGAUCGUCACGACCAGCCUCGCGUCGUCGAAGUUACCUUCUCGCCUCCUCCCAACCCGGAAUACCUCACCUUUGAGGACCUGCGGAAGCAUGAGAGCAUAUGGCGAUUCGAGCGUGAAUGGAAUGUGGAGGUUGUCCUCCAGCGGGAGAGCAUCUUCCGUCGGCACAAGCGGUUGGUAGUGUUCGAUAUGGACAGUACAUUGAUUCAGAAUGAGGUGAUCGAUGAGAUUGCCAAGUUCAUCGGCGUGGAGAAGGAGGUUUCGGAAAUCACGGCUCGUGCUAUGAACGGCGAGCUGGACUUCUCCGCAUCUCUCCGGGAGCGGGUUAGCCUGCUGAAGGGCGUUCCUGCGGAUGUCUUCGAGAAGCUGAAGUCCAUCAUCACAAUCUCUCCAGGUGCGCGCGAGCUGUGUAAGGCACUGAAGACCCUCGGCUGCAAAAUGGCAGUCUUGAGUGGUGGCUUUCAGCCUCUUGCGGAGUGGCUUGCCGAACAGCUUGGACUUGACUACGCGCAUGCCAACCAUCUCGAGAUCGAUCCUACAACGCAAACUCUGACCGGCAAAUUGGUCCCCACAUACCCCAUCAUCGAUGCAAACCAGAAGCGCUCGAUUCUUCACUCGAUUGCCGCGGAGCAUGGCAUUCCUAUCUCCCAAACUGUCGCUGUUGGUGACGGAGCCAAUGAUCUGCUUAUGCUGCACGCAGCAGGAUUGGGUGUUGCGUGGCGGGCCAAGAGCAAGGUGCAGCUCGAGGCACCGACCCGUCUUAAUGGCGAGAGCCUCGUAGAUGUCCUCUACCUCCUUGGCCUGACUAAGGAUGACAUUUCCGAGCUGAUUGCGUAG